AUGGAAUCAGCAUUGACAUAUUUCUCAGAGGCUGCCAAGUCGUCCGCAGCCCUCUCGUUCCUGCUCAAGGCAUUCGAACGCAACAAUGCCCCCAAGACCGCCCUCGGCCUUUUCAUCGCCUACUACCUCAUCAAGUACCGCGACAACGUCGUCGGCACCCGUCGCACCAACCUCCCCGGACCCCGUGGUCUUCCCCUCAUCGGCAACCUGAUCCUCUUCCUCCGCCUGCCCAUGACCCAAAUGUCCCAGUUGCACGACCGCUUCCACGAAAAGUACGGCGAGACCUGGACGUGCACCAUCCCCGGUGCCGGUCGCAACAUCAUGGUCAACAACCCCGAUGUCCUCGAACAUGUCUUGAAGACAAACUUUUGGGCAUACGAGAAGGGUCCUAUCUUGCAAGAAUCGAUGGCCGAUCUUUUGGGACAGGGUAUCUUCGGUGCCGAUGGCAACCUCUGGAAGUGGCAGCGCAAGCUUGCCUCCCACAUCUUUAACGUCAAGGCCUUCCGAGACUACACGAGCAAUGUCUUUGUCAAAGAGUCCCAGAUUGUCUCCGACUACUUUGAUACCAUUGCUGAGCGUGGCACCACCGUUGACGUUCACGACGUCCUCCUCAGAUUCACCCUCGACGGCUUUGGCGAGGUCUCGUUUGGACAAUCAUUCGGAUGCUUGGCCAACCCUGAGGGCGAAGUCGACUUUGCUUUGGCCUUUGACCGUCUCAACGCCAUCGUGAGUGAGCGUCUCUUCAAGGGUCCCUGGAAGUUCGUCGAGUGGCUCGACGGAACCAGCAAGAUCGUCGCCAAAGACAAGAAGACCGUGACUGAUUUCGCGCUCAAUAUUAUCCGUGCUCGUCGUCAGGAGGGUUACCACAAGCCUCAGAAGGAUCUUUUGCAGUUGUUCAUGGACCUCAAGGGCGAGGAUGGCGAGCCUCUUUCGGAUGAUAUGCUGAAGGACUCCAUCCUCAACUUCAUCAUCGCGGGACGUGAUACGACGGCACAGGCACUUUCAUGGAUGUUCUACUUGAUCCACAGAGACCAGUCCGACAAAAACAUUGCCCGCAAGUUGCGCGAGGAGAUUGACGAGGUCAUCGGCGAUUCCGAGCCCACCUACGAGACCACCAAGAAGUUGAAGUAUGCCGAGGCAUGCUUCAACGAAGCCCUCCGCCUGUACCCCUCGGUUCCUCGCAACAUGAAGGUCUGCGUCGAGGAUGAUGUCCUCCCCAACGGAGUGGAGAUCAAGAAGGGCGAGUUCUUCUUGUGGAGCCCUUGGACCAUGGGCAGAGACACCCGUGUCUGGGGUCCUGAUGCCAUGGAGUUCAACCCUGACCGCUGGCUCACCGGCGACAAGGCUACUCCCUUCAAGUUCCCUGCCUUCCAUGCCGGACCCCGCACCUGCUUGGGUAUGCAGUUCGCGACUGCAGAGGCAAUGACAUUCAUCGCAACAGUCUUCCGUCGCUUCACAUUCGAGUUGGUCGACCCUGUCAACGAGCCAGGCUACGCUGCCGGUUUGACCCUCCCCAUCGCUGCCGGUCUCCCCAUCCGCGUCCGCCGUCGCGAGUUGAACCAGGACACCACCGCCGUCGCCCUUUAA